CUUUAUCAAACAUCCAAUAAAAACUAUAUUAUUAUGACUUGACAUACACCAGACCUCACAAUCGCAAAGAUGACGUGUCCGUUUCGUCGAGCGUCAUCCCAACAGCAGUUCGCGAAUGGGGCGAGCAGUAAAAAGCCUGAGCUGCGUUCUCGACAAUCUUCCAUACAUCUUCCUGGGCCAGAUGAAGAUGAUGGAGAAAGGAAUACACUUACGUUGAAGAAUUUAAGCGAAGCUUUACAACUAUUAACUGCGCCAUCGAAUGAAUGUCUCCACGCUGCAGUCACUGCAUUAACGAAGAAUCAGGCGGAGCAUUAUGACAAAUACAACUGUUUCUCCAUUUUAUACAGACGAAGAUUGCCAGACGACGUAAAAACAUGGAGAAAUUAUGCGUAUUUAGAAGAAAUAUAUGAUGCUGUCCGCGCAACUGACAGUUUGAAUACGGAAGAUUUUAUGGCAAAAUUAGGAGAAUACCUAAUAUUAACUGCGUUCUCACAUAACUGCCGGUUGGAGAGAGCGUUCAAAUGUCUUGGAACGAAUUUAACCGAGUUUUUAACGACAUUAGACAGUGUACAUGACGUUUUACACGAUCAGGAUGAUGUCCUCAAAGAUGAGACAGUGGAAUACGAAGCUGCAUUUGUUUGCACAACAUCAAGAGGGAAAAUCGAGUUGUAUCUGACAACAGAAUGCGAGCCCGUCGCUUAUUUAUUAGUGGGUAGUCUUAAAGCGAUUGCGAGACGUCUCUACGACACUCAAGCUGACAUAAGACUGAUGAGUUACACGAACGAUCCGAGGAGAUUCAAAUAUGAAAUCAAAGCGAUUCCAUUGCAACAAAAACCUACCGGGGAGAAUAGUGAAGUGACAGGUGACAGCGCCUGCGUCGCAUCGUCCAGCAAAGUAACAGAUUUGAGGAUUGGUGUUGCGAGUUUCUGUAAAGCCUUCCCUUGGCAUUUCGUUACAGACAAACGACUAGAACUUGUGCAAUUAGGCGGCGGAUUCAUGAGAUUAUUUGGCACGUAUUUGGCGACACAUGGCUCCGCGUUGGGAACAUACUUCAGAUUAUUACGUCCCCGCGGCGUGUCACUGGAUUUUCGUGAAAUUUUAAAACGAGUCAACACACCGUUUAUGUUUUGCUUGAAAAUUCCCGGCUCCACUUCAUUGGCAGAGGGUCUCGAGAUAAAAGGACAGAUGGUGUUUUGUUCGGAGUCAGAUUCACUAUUGUUCGUCGGGUCUCCAUUCCUCGACGGCCUUGAGGGUCUCACCGGCAGAGGCCUCUUUAUAUCUGACAUUCCAUUGCACGAUGCAACCAGAGACGUUAUUUUAGUUGGAGAACAAGCAAGGGCCCAAGAUGGUCUAAGGAGAAGAAUGGAUAAAUUAAAGAACUCCAUAGAAGAAGCAAGUAAAGCGGUGGAUAAGGAACGUGAAAAGAAUGUCAGCUUAUUGCAUUUAAUAUUCCCACCGCAUAUCGCGAAACGAUUAUGGUUGGGAGAGAAGAUCGAAGCGAAGAGUCACGAUGACGUCACAAUGCUGUUUAGUGAUAUCGUUGGUUUUACAUCUAUUUGUGCGACCGCAACUCCUAUGAUGGUUAUUGCAAUGUUAGAAGACUUAUACAGCGUGUUUGAUGUGUUUUGUGAAGAAUUAGACGUGUACAAGGUGGAAACAAUCGGUGACGCGUAUUGCGUAGCCAGUGGUCUACAUCGUAAGAUAGAGACGCACGCUCCUCAGAUCGCUUGGAUGGCUCUACGUAUGGUCGAAACUUGUGCGCAACAUCUAACACACGAAGGUCAUCCUAUUAAGAUGCGCAUAGGUCUUCAUACUGGAACAGUGCUUGCUGGAGUAGUUGGAAAAACAAUGUUAAAGUACUGUCUCUUUGGACAUAACGUCACUCUGGCUAACAAGUUCGAAUCCGGAUCGGAACCACUCAAGAUAAACGUCAGUCCUACCACAUACAAGUGGCUCAUAAAUUUCCCCGGCUUCGAAAUGGAGCCGCGAGAUCGUUCCUGCCUUCCCAACUCGUUCCCCAAGGAUAUCCCGGGAACAUGCUACUUUCUGCAUAGAUACAAGCAUCCGGGGACUGACCCAAGCGCUUCGCAGGUACAACACAUACAGGAUGCUCUAAUCGAUUUCGGAAUCGGACAAGGGAAAUCAGUUCACGUCGAUACUGAAGAACCUACCUAAUUUAUAACAGGAUAGAAUUAAUGAAUAUCUUAAAAAUAUCAUUUGUAAAUAGCUUCAUUUUAAAUCUGUUUCAAAUAAUGCCUUAAAUACUCAUACUAAUAUGUAAUUAAAAUUUCGACAUACUGUAGAAAUCAAUUUGAGUAUUCGUAAUAGUAGCACGUAAUAUGGCUUAAGAAUUUGCUCACACGAUAAAUAUUUCUUUAAUUGAAAUAAGAUCUCUGCUUGUAUAGAAUUAGUUGAUAAUAACAGUUUUAAUAAGUCCUUAAGUCAAAGAUAAAACAAUAUUAAACAUAUAGACUAUCGCAGAACUAUCAUGAUAAGAUUCGUAUCGUGACUUUCUCUCAAAUAAAAAUUAGUUUAAGAUAUAUUGCUUUUAUUAUGAGAGUGAAAACAAAUAUUUAGUUUAAGUAAUUCGACAGUAUAUUCUACAUUAGCUGCUUUUUUUUCUUCUGAUAAUUAAACUAAGUUCACGGGAAGAACCCUGUAGGUUUAGAUUCCAUUGCGAAUGUCGAAAAUUUACGUAAAUUUGCGACAUAAACGGUUGUAUUUUUAUUGUGUUGGCUUAGAAGUUUUAUUUUUUCACAGCAUCUAGCGACCGCAAACCUGAACAUUUAUUAUAAAUUUCAGGUUGAUACCUUCACGCGUUUUUGAGAAAUAGGGUCUAGACAGACAG